AUGGCUACCAAAACAAUCCUUUUUGUUUGCGCUAACGCUCUCUUCAUUCAGAGUGUAUUCAGUCAGUGCCUUGGUCGUGCAGCUAUCCCUGCUCCUGCCUUACCCUGCCCUGCUGUUGUUGCACCGAGCUGUGCUGAUAACGGUGUGAUUGCUAAUGGAUGGCUCGGUAACGGCCUGAUUGGUGCUGAAUGGAUCGGUAACGGUCUGGUUGGUAAUGGAUUGGAAAUCGUCCCCACCAGUGGCGGUGGACUGGCUGUGAGCAGUACCUCUAGCAUCGCUCCCAGCGGGCUCUCGCUAGCGUCUGAGAAUGUGUUUGAGGGUCCUCUGUCCGUGGCUGGUGAGCUGCCGUUCGUGAGUGCUGUGGCUCUGGAGGGCGCGCUGCCCAGUGCUGGUGCUGGCGCCGUCAGCUACAGCUGCGGUAACGGUGUCACUGCUAUCGAGAGCAUCGCUCCUUCUGCUGCUGCUGCUAUUGUUCCUGCGGUAGCAGCUGGAGCUCCUGCUGCUGCUUAUGGCGCUGCAGCACGCUAUGGUCUCACUGGCUAUGGACUGGGUGCUGCUGGUUUUACUCCAAAUCUUAUGUACCCUGGUAUCGUUGGUCGGGAGUGUGGAUGCGCUUAAGCUCUGCUUUGAUAAAUUCAUAUCUGAUAAUAUCGAAUGAUUUUUAUAAUAAUUAUCGUUAGACUUACUAAAUUAGCUAAAAAUCACUGGUGACUCACGUAAGAAUAUUGAGAAAAGCCCUACAAGUUUCAAUCAGUAGGCUGCGCGACAUCGCCGCG